AUGAGAAGUCUCUACAUCCUACAUGGCCCUCUGCGCCGAGGCGUUCUAGCUCGGCCAUGCCACAUUAUCAGACGCUCCAAGUUCUCCGGCCGGCCAGCACUUGUCGAUACCCCUAAAACGACACUGCUUCCGACAACAGCCGCCAGGACACGCUUUGCACCUUCGCCCACUGGAUACUUACAUAUAGGUUCAUUGCGUACAGCGUUGUAUAAUUAUCUGCUCGCGAAGGCUACUGGUGGCCAAUUCUUACUGAGAAUAGAGGACACGGACCGGACCAGGAUAGUGUCAGAUGCAGAAAGCAGAUUAUAUGAGGAUCUGAAAUGGACUGGCCUCAGCUGGGACGAAGGUCCCGACGUUGGGGGUCAAUAUGGCCCAUAUAGACAGUCCGAGAGGUUGGAACUAUACACCAAACACGCAAACCAGCUUAUGGACGAAGGGCGGGCGUACCGAUGUUUCUGCACGCCAGAAGAUCUUGAUGAGAUGAAGGCCCUCAACAUGCAAGACGGCAGCGCUCCCCUGUACAACGGGACCUGCUCGCACAUCCCACCAGACCAGUCCCGUCGGCGAGCUGAGAGCGGAGAACCGCAUUGCGUCCGAUUCAAGUGCGAAGACCAUGCCCCCUUCGUGAACGACUUGGUGUACGGCGUAUACAAGAAGCCCGGCAAGGAGGACGAUUUCAUCAUCAUCAAGCGGGACGGUUACCCUACGUAUCACUUCGCGAAUGUGGUUGAUGACCAUCUGAUGGAGAUCACGCAUGUUGUACGGGGGGCGGAAUGGCUCGUAUCCACCCCAAGGCACGUGGCGAUGUACGAAGGUUUUGGAUGGAAGUCCCCCGAAUUUGCGCACGUCGGGCUUCUGGUCGACAAGAAGAAGCAGAAGCUAAGCAAGCGCCACGGAGAUAUCGACAUUGCAUCUUGGAGGGACCAAGGGAUCCUACCCGCCGCUCUGCUGAACUACGUGAUGCUGCUGGGCUGGAGCCACGGCAGAGGCGAAAAGGGGCAUUCCGAGGUCAUGGACCUAGACGAGAUGAUCAACAAGUUCCAUCUCAAGUUCACAAAGGGCGACAUCACGGUCAACGCGAAGGACGAGUUCCUGCAGAAAGCCCACAUACGCAGGUACAUGAAGACCGCCGGCCGGUCCGACGCCCUCGAGCAGCUGAUACCCGGCCUCGAGUCCUGGGUCCGCAAGUUCGAAGACAACCGCACGGCCAACGCCAACAGCAACGGCGACGGCGGACUCGUGCUCACCGAGCUGGGCACGGCAAUCGGACCCCUCGUGCCGCUCGCGCGGCCCAGCCAUGACAACCCAGCCGGGGCCGACACCGUCGCCUCGCGCAGCUACCUCAAGGACCUGCUCGACUUCGACAUCAAGGGGUACGCGACGCCGCGCGACUACCUAAUGCGCAACGUGCACCUGCUCUGGCAGAUCCCCGAGAAAGUCUACGAGGCGAGCCUGUCGGCGGACCUAGACCAGCAGCGCGGCUUCUUCGUCCGCGAGGACCCGGACGCGCCGCUGGGCUCGACAUCAGACCCCCCACGCACCGUCCACGAGCUGACGGCGACGCUGCGGGAGCUCGUGCGGGGCAUUGCGGAGGCGGACUGGACGAAGCAGAGCAUCGAUGACGCGAUCUCGCCCUUCGUCAGGUCGGUGUACUCGAACCCUACCACCAUGCCGGGCGUCCAGGUCUGGGGCUACCACCUCCUCCGGUGGGUCAUCGCGGCCAUGAGGCCCGGCCCGGCCAUCAUCCCCAGCAUGGCGUUGUUGGGCAGGGACGAGACGCUGAGGCGUAUGGACAUGGCCUGUGAAGUUGCUGAACGUAUACACGGAAAGCCAAUGCUGGCUUGCCACUGA